AUGGAAAUUUGCGGGGCCACGUCAAACUCAACCUGCUUCGCAAGUGCACCUCCAUACUUACGGCAGCCGUACGAUUUGAGUCAAGUAUCCGCUCCCACUACCAGUUUACAGCUGGUCUAUCCACCGUACCCAUAUCCGCUAUCAAACGACCAGCAUAUUACGCAAACCAUACCUCCGUUCAACUGCCCCGGACCAACUCAGCAUCGAGUUGUACCGACCACUACUUGCACGCUCACGGCACCAACUUUCUACGACAGUGCAGCUUCUACGGUACAAAAGCUACAAAAUCAGUAUUCUUUCAAGUCCGACGUCUGCCACUCUGCUGCUACGCAGUUACCUGCCUACAAUGAAACAAUCAAAACGGGAAACAGCUUGUCAGAGCAACAGCAGAACGGCGUCCAGUGGCUCGAUCAAUCCAAGCACAAUGUGGUAACAAUCGGUCAGAAUUCCCGACAAAAUGGGAACAGGGAAUUAACAGCCUUUACGAACAAUCUGCUUCAACAUGUUCAUGAUCUCUCCCAGUGGGAUGUCAACGAUCCCAAGUUGCCAAAGAUCCGUCAAUUCGAUACAUUCACCAUGUGGCCUCAAGGACACUGCCGAUAUGCUUAUCAAAAAUCCGCUUCGGAAGGAGCACGACGUCACGCCAGCGGCUGGGCGAUGCGCAACACCAAUAACCACAAUGCAUUGAUCUUGAAGAAAAGCUGUUUGGGUGUUUUACUCUGUUCCUCAAAGACUUGCAGCUUGGCCAUGCGCCCCGCAAUAUGUGAUAAGGCAAGGCGACGUCAAGAAGGUCGAGCUUGUUGUAUGCCCAACUGCACCGGAAUCAUUUACAAUCAGCCUUGUCGCGGUCACAGUGGAUUUCCAGUUACGCAUUUCUGGCGCGAACACGGGGACACGGUUUACUUUCAAGCGAAAGGAGUUCACGACCACGUCAGACCGGAUCUGAAACCUGUUCGUGAUACAGCCGCCCGUCGGAGACGCCAAAUGCAGCUGGACAAACUGCAGUCCGGCAGCAAAACCGCAGCUGGUCUGAUGACAGCUGUUGCGCAGAGGACCACGAAAGUCCGUGAACAGCGAAAAGAUGGGGCUAGUAUUCAGACACUGCGUAAGCGAUCAACAACGGAGUCGGCGGAGACCAAACACGAAGUGGAUCAGGUGAAAUGUGAAGCUCCUUCAGUGAACAGUAUAUUCCUGCCAAAUCCAAGGGUUAUCCAAGAGUGGCGAUGUCAAACAAACUCAGCCUCGGGAAAAUCUCCUUAUGAUUCUACGCGAUCAAUGACGGAACAAACAAUGUCGACGCAGUCCAAAGGAGAACCCGUAUUUCCAGGGCCGCCUCUCCUCGGAUGUUUGGUUAACAGUCGCUUGAAUGGUAUGUAUGCUGACAUGCAUCAACAACUGAAUUCUUUCAGCAAGCUGUCGACCCCGGAAGUCAUCUCAGCCACAGACUCAUUUAUGCCAAGUCAGUAUACCAAUUUCGGAACUGGCGAAUCAGCUACGAACUUCUCCUCGACAUACGGUCUGAAUUCCGCUUAUGCUUCACUCUAUGGUGGACUGGAAGCGUCAGAUUAUUCAUCGAACAAUAGCAAUUAUCAGUGCGAGCUUCGCGGUGCCUUUGUGAAAAACUUAUACGAUCAGGAGUUCCGAUCGGGGAGUGCGGUGUACGACCAUGAUUCAGCGUCGCACAAACGAGGCAUUCAGACAGACUAUCAAACCAGCCUAACCCCAACCUCCCUCUACAGGCAGAACUUACUUCAAAUGUCCUCUGGAGCUUUGGGUACAAAUGGCGGUAAUAGUGAAUCCAAUUCUGGUGGGCUAAAUGCAUCUUGGUCAACACCGUCCCCACCAACUGGAGGCAGUUCGAGUUUGUUUAGUAGUGAAUUUCGAACCAUGCAUAGCGGUUUGGAAGAAACUGGUGUUCAACAUCUCGGCGCUGUUGUUACCAGCGACCUCAGCUGUGUGCCCACAUUGACCGGCACUAAUUCCGUUUGGACAGCAUCGAGCAAUCAACAGACUUCGAUGCCCGAGGGAUCCUCAAAGGUGGACAUUUAUAGCUUAUCAACACCGACACAUCCGUAUCAUACGACGGUUUCGGAGUCAAAGCAACACACGCCGCCGGAAAAUAUAUUGAACCCAUGUGACCUGAUGUCGGCAAGUACGCCUCUGUCAAAUAUCCAGACUGUGCAUCGUCUCACCUCUCAGUUGACUCAAUCUGGUUGCUACCCAGGUAGCAGUUACGUAACACCCAUCUCUUUCAACCUCUCAAACUCUGAUUCAUCCAGCACGCAAACUACCAGUUCCAGGAGCGCCAGUAGGCGCAGUUCCCGAGUUUCCGCCAAACCUAUGUUCUAUUUGAAUCCAAAUUGGACUGAUUGCGACAAAUGCACUCAUUUGCAAAUCAAUCUGGUUUUCGCAGGAGACUCAAGUGAAUCUCUUGUUUAUGACGUUCUUCAACUGAAGUGCUGCACACAGGCCGCCUCAUGUUUCAGUUGGUACGAUAUUCGGGAUACCGUAGUGUAUUUUCAUAAAGUGAACUAUUCACAAGGCUGCUGA